AUGGAGAUCUCGCUGGACGCGCUGCUGGGCGCGCAGCGGGACCUGGCCGACCGCCUCGCGCAGGGCGUCUCGGGGCUGCUCCUCCACGUGCAGCCGCCGCACAAGCUCAUCCCCUUCGCCUUCGCCUUCGACAUCGAGCUGCCCCCGGUCCCCUUCGUGCGCGACGACCUCCCGGCCGCCGCCGUCGCCUCGCUCGCCGAGAUCGGCGACCGGCUCGGCCAGGCCGGCUCCGGGCUCGGCGGCGCCGUGCAGCACCUGUCGCGCCAGCUCCCGCUGCCGUUCCUCCUGUCGGAGGGCUCGCGGCGCCGGAGGCGGGAGGUAUAUCCACCGCCGCCCGCGGCGGUGGACAGGGGGCUCGCUGCCCAGGGCGGGCUAGCUUUGGAGAGGGCCGAAGAGAGAGACCCACUCGAGGUGGCGGCUGCCGCGGCGGCGGCGGCCACUGGGAGUGCCGCUGCAGCUACUGGGAACGGGGCUUUGCGUGUGGAUGAGUCAGAUGAAGAGGAUGACGAGCUCGGAUUUGAAAUUGGGACUUUCGGGAGAUUUAAGAGACAUAAGGGGAGGGUAAAUGUCUCAGCAACAUAUAAUACGAGGCACCAAACUGUUGAUGGUUCAGUAGUUGCUCGUGGAGAAAUCUGGAGGUUUGAAGCAUCACGCGGUGGUCCAACUUAUGGAAAUAACAGUGGCCCUCCUUUCCUUAUUCAAUUGGGUCCUAUAAUUUUUGUCCGAGACUCUACAUUUCUUUUCCCUAUUAAUCUGUCAGAGCAACACCUUGUUUGGUAUGGUUAUGAUCGCAAGAACGGAGUUCAUUCCAUAUGUCCAGCAAUCUGGUCAAAGCAUAAAAAAUGGUUGUUAAUGUCCAUGAUGUGCCUCAACCCGGUAUCCUGUUCCUUCAUGGAUGUGCAGUUUCCAAAUGGGCAGUUAACAUAUGUUGCUGGUGAGGGGAUAACAGCAAGUGGUUUUCUCCCAUUAGUUGGUGGAUUACUUCAAGUCCAUGGAAAAUGUCCUGGAGAAACCAAACUGAGCUUCUCCUUCAAGAGCACACAAGGCACAAGGUUUACCCCUGCAUUUCAAUGGCCUGACAAUUCUCUGUCAUUUGAAUUUUCCCAAGCUGUAGCAUGGAAAAAGUAUGGCCUUAUGGUGAAACCGAGCGUCCAAGUCAGUGUUUGCCCCACUUUCGGAGGAAGUGAUCCUGGCAUAAAGGCAGAGAUUGUCCAUUCAUUGAAGGAGGAACUCAGUGUGAUGUACGGCUUGUCUUGCUCAAGACAUCCUUCGGCUUUCACGUCUCUUUCUCUUGGGCGAUCUAAGACGAAUGGUGAAGUCCGCAGUUCGGGGGUUGUAAUCACCAUGGAAGCACCCCUUGAUAACAUGGGAAGGCCAUCAUUAUCUGUUCAACUGAAUGGAGGUUUUGAGUUCUGAUCUCGCCCAUCCAGCUGUACAUUGAUAGUAUAGUGUACAUAUUGUUCAAUGCCCGUAGUCACUCCUUUUAUAUUCUGGAGGUAGCUAGUUUGUCAACCUAUGAAGCGUAUACGUGGAUGUGGUUUGGACCAGUUUUUCUUCUCGAACCAAAUAUGUAGUAGUACUGGAGUAGUGUAAUUCAAAAGACCAGUUAUACCAGUCCAUCACUUGCCUACACAAAAGCAUGAUGGCUACCAAGUACAACCAUCGCCGGUGAAUGGUGAAGCCUGCAGUUUUUGACAGUAAUCACUAUGGAAGCACCCCUUGAUGACAUGGGAUGAUGGGAAGACCAUCUCUAUCUGUUCAACUGAAUGGAGGUUUCGAGUUCUGACCCAGUCCCUGCAGGCUCUACAACUGUACAUAGUUAACUUAGUAUAUUGUACAUAUGUAAGAUCUCCAUAGUCCAAACACCUUUUGUCUCAACCUAUGAAACGUAUGUGUAUUAGUGGUUUGAACCAAUUUUCCUUUUGAAACCAGAUAUGAAGUAAUGUUAGUGUAAUUCAGAGAA